AUGACUGAAGAAUCCGUCAAAGUAUCCACCGCCGUAGCAGAAUCAAAUAAACAACCAAAUCAGUUAACAACUGAAGAAGAAGAUCGACUACAAUGUGAAGCUAAUGAAGAUAGUACAGGCAGUGAAGAUCUAAGGUUGUUUUUAAAGGAAUUACACGAAAAGGUGAAGGAAGAUCAGCAGCAACAGCAACAACAACAACAGCAAUUCCAACAGUCACAGCCCUACAAUCCAGUUAUUCCUUCAUCUGGACAACUACUACCACCAGCUUAUCCAACUGGUGCCGGUGAAUUUUCUAUUGAUGCAACAUCUGCGUCUCAUUAUUCAUCAUCACAGUGUAAUAAUUUAAAGGAGGCGGAGGCUGGAUUAAUAGCCUAUCGUGGAAAUCAUCCUCACCCUCAGCAUCUAAUUCAACCAGGAAAUCAUGUUGUCCAAUAUCAAACUGGUCCGGUUAUUGAGCAAGCUUAUCAUACAUCUGUUGCCGAAAUCAAUGCACAAGAUGUUGUCCCUGAUGGUGGUUGGGGUUGGAUUGUUGUCCUUGGCUCAUUCUGUUGUAUGGUACUAGUCGAUGGUGUGUGUUUCACUUAUGGAUUACUGCUAAGUCCUGUCUGUCCAUAUUCUAGUCUACGUGCAAUAUCACGUGAUUGGAAGUCGAAUGAAACUGGUCCAAUUAGAUAUCCACGUAGUGAUCGUGUUAAUCAUCCAACUGUUGGCAGUUGUAUACCAAUAUCUGAAUUAGGUGAAGAUUUCAAUGUACAAGAAAGAUCUAUUCUAUUAACACCUGGUGCUUUAAUUGUUGGAUUAUAUUUAUUUCUUGGUCCAAUUGUUAGUGCAUUGAGUAAUCAAUUCGAUUUUCGUCCAGUUGCUAUGGUCGGUGCAAUUAUCUCUACUAUAGCAUUAUUUAGCAGUGCAUUUGUAGUCAAUAUUGAACAGUUUAUAUUUACAUUUGGUAUUCUUGGAGGCAUUGGUCUAUCAUUUAUCUAUUUACCAGCUAUAGCUACUGUUGGCCAUUGGUUUCAACAGAAACGUCCCCUUGCUGUUGGUUUAGCAUUAUGCGGUAGUGGAAUGGGUUGUUUAAUUGGUGGUCAAGCUAUCCCACGGUUGAUUAUCUUAUUCACAUGGCGUGGUACAUUGAUUAUACUAGCAGCAGUGUGUUUUCAAUGCCUAACGCUUAUUUUAUUGUUUCGACCAUGGGAUGUACACUUUCAGAUAACACAAGCACAAAAAGCUAAGCGUAUAGUUCGUGAAGCUGAACGUCGAGCUGCUGCCCUACGUCGGGCUGAAGCAGAACGCCUCAUAUUAGAGGCUAGAAAGCGUAGAUACUUGGCUGCUGUUGAAGCCGCUGCCACAGCUCAAGCUGUAGGCAUGAAAAAGCAUUCUCUGGUUAAUAAUCCCACUUUAAUGAAUAACAAUAAAUCUGGAGUAUAUCAAACAACUGAAUAUCGUGUAGAUCCCACGGGGGGUACUGUCGGAGCCGGUGGUGUGAUUCAUAAUCGAUCACAACCACCUGGUUUCGGAGGGGAUAAUUCUCGAACGAAUGCAUUUGGUGGUGUCGGCGGUGCUGGUCAUAAUCGUUCAGUUAGUAAUCAGAACACUGGAUCGGGUAGAAUGGCUAGUCGUAAAAGAGCUCCUAGUCGUAGAGUUAUAGUCUAUAGAGGAUCAAUUAUGCAACGUAUAAUUGAAGAGAAACGCCGACAACGCACCAUAUCUGUUGGCAGCUUAGAUGGUAUGGUAAUCACAAGAGAUAAUGAAUUAAUAGCAGCAUCGAAAAUUAUGAAUUAUGAUAAACCCUUACUUGAUCCAAUCACAGUACAAAAGAUAUCUGAAAAUGUAGCACGUAAAAUUGAAGCAAAAUUAAGUAGUACAGCUCUACCGAAUUUAUCUGCUAUCAGUGAAGCAAUCCCUCCACCUCCACCCACUACUACUGGUAAUACUGGUGCUGCUGUUACAACAUCCGGUGGGAAUUCAACUGUAGAAAGUCGAGCUGGUUUUCGUGUGAGUUUACCUCAAAUUGUACAAGAAUAUAUUCAAUCUCAGCUAUCGCUCAGCUUACAACAGCAACAACAACAACAAUCUCAAAUACAAGCAAAACUUUCCUCAAGUAUCAAUCCAUUGUCGAACAAUAGUCAUCCAUGUACAUCAAUUGAUCAGAUGAUCUGCUCUCCAUCGGUUCUACCAAAAUUAAGUACAGCUAAUGUCGCAGUACAUGAUUUCACUGUACACCCAACAAUUAACACCAAUGAAAGUAUAACAAAUGUAGAUGGAAUCACUGGGAAUAUUCCUUUAACAGAUAAUACCCUCCCUGUUAAUCAAUCAAAUCUUCCAAUUAUUAGUGGUGGAUCAAUAAUUGCAUCAAAUUCACCUGUUAUUAAUCUUAGUGGUACCGGUAUUGUUUCCAAUACAAUAGCAGCAGCACCACCAGCAGCAGCAACAACAACAACAGCAACAUCGAUCGUCGCACCUGCUACAGUUGUAGGUUCUGGUAUAACAAGAUUACAACCAUUGCAUUCAAUGUCUGAGAAUGUCAGUCUACGACGUACCACUUCCGAUGCAAGCUUAGAAUCACGUUCUACCUCUGCCUAUGGUGUAGAUCCUAGUUAUGCUGGUGUUGAUAUAUUGGAUGAUGAAAUGAAGGCUGAUAUUCAAAUGCUUGUCCGUAAAGAAAUGUCUAGACCACAGUAUAAAAAAGAUUUUUUCUAUACUGGUCCAAUACGUCAAAUUGAUCCGGUAAAUAAAUUAUCUAGCGCCAAUCAUAAAUUAAGUAUUAAUCUGCCUAUAAUCCCAGCAGUAGUAGCAGCAGCAGCAACAACAACAACAACAGACAGACCAAAUCGUUCCUCGACAUCAUUUCGCCUACCGCCUGCUAUCUUACCACAGGAUGGUAAACAAGAGCAUUGUAGCCAGACGAAUUUAAGCGUUGUCAAUUCAACAAAUUUAUUUAGUAACCAGUUCAUCCCACCUGCUCCAUGUCCACCGAUUCCUAUGAAUCAACAGUCGAUUGUAUAUACAAAUAUUCCAAUGGCUGGUUUAUCGCCUCAAUUCCCUAUACCUUUGGACAACAAUAUGAAUCAAGGUUUACCGAAUGUGUACAGAGAAAGAUUUGAUUCGAUAGCAUCACAAAAUAGUAAUAACAUGGAAAUUUUAGAUAGUCUUAAAUUUCGUGCAGCUAAUCAAACUGGUGACUGUGAAAAAGGCUACUACGAAGGGAUAACAGGCACAACAGCCAUACCACAGCCACUGCCGCCGCCGACAACAACAGCGACAGCAAAUGCUGUCAAUAUACAACAACAACAACCACCGCUUCCUGAAGAUAUUUCCGAUUUCGGUGGUGAUAUUGACAUCGACGGGGAUGAUCUAGGCGUCGGGAUAGAUGAUGGGGAUGAUGUGGAUGUGGGUGUGGAUGUGGAUGGUUGUGACGAAUUAAAUGAUGAUUGUGGUGUUGACGAAGAUGAUGACGACGAUAAUAACGCUGAUUUAAUUGACGGCCAGUUGAAUCAUCAAAGUACUCUAUGUCCAAAGUGUUUUCAACAUUGUAAUCGAAUCUGUCAGAAUAUAUUCUAUUGUUGUUCAGCAUGGAGUCCUCUUGGUGCAUUUAUGCAAGAUUUAUUAUCACCGAAAUUAUUGUUAAGUCCAACAUUUCUAUUCUUUCUUUUCUCAAGUAUGACAGCUAUGCUAGGUUUGGUUAUUCCCUUUCUAAUGUUACCCGAUUUAUUAUCUGAAAUGAAUUGGAAGCUAGAAGAUUCUGGUUUUAUCAUAUCUUCGAUUGGUGCAGGGAAUACAUUCGGACGAUUAUUUGCUACAUUUUACAUUGAAAAAGCUUGGUCAACAACCUAUAAAUGGGCUGAUUCUUUAUGGAUGAAUAAUAUCUCUUUACUUUUAACCAGUAUAACAGUAUUUACUCUGCCAACUAUACGACGAUAUUAUACUGCUGUAGUUCUAGUCUCCUGUGGUUUUGGAUUAUUUUCAGCUGUAUUUGUAUCACUGAAAAGUAUUCUAGUCGUUGAAUUAAUUGGAAUUGAUCGUUUGACUAACGCCUUCGGUUACCUGUUGUUAUUUCAAGGCUGUGCAGCUGCUAUCGGUCCACCAGUUGCAGUGAACAUAGAUAAAACAGAGGUGAUGAAGAUUCUUAGCCAACACCAACAGCAACAACAACAACAGACGACAGUCAUUCACCUACCUGAGAAGCAUCGUUUCAACUGCAGGCGAAUGGAACUGACGAGGAUAUCAAAGCACGAAUCGGAAAAGCAAGACAGGCUUUCAUUACUCUGAAGUCUGUGUGGAGGUCAACAUCACUCAGAAUCAAAAAUAAGAUCCGGAUUUUUAACUCCAAUGUGAAGUCAGUGCUACCUACUAUACGGAU